AUGGCUUCGUUUUUUCCCGACGAUCUACAGGUGAAGAACGUGCACUCACAAAGUACCAAAUCCAGGAUCGCCGAAAGCAAACCUUCCUUCUCGGCUGCGCAAUCAUCGGAGUCUUCCUGCCUCUCGGAGCCAGCAUCGUUUCUUUUUGGCGAGCAGCUGCUUGCCAAUUGUACCGCAGUUGCUCUCCAAUUUGACCCUGUAUUCGGUAUGGGCAACAGAUCGACCUACUCUACGUGGCCAGCCAUUGAAACGAGCAACAGACCAUGUCCUGAUCUCGGCCCAUACGCCUCUGACGUCAGCCUGUCGCCUCCGACCGGCUCAAGAUCGGUUACAGCGAGCCCCCCUCACUACUCUGUGAUCCUGACAACGCAGCAGCGCGAGAUCAAGCGCCAGCGCGACCAGGCUCGCCGAGAAUCGAAGCUUGCCUGCCGUAAAAGGGCCGGAAGCAACGAGCUGUCCGACUCUGGUAUUCUGGGGAUCGACGCAGUCGCCUCUUAUACGACCAGCAGCCACGACAACCACAGCAUCGACGGAGCUUUCAUCCCGGACUCUUCGCAGUCCUCUGUCUCGUCCAUCUCGAUUCGCACACCUGCGCUUGGAGCAUCUUCUCCCGCCUCGUUCAUCCACUCUCCAUCUGUCACCAUGGCAGACCUGACUUCGGCACCAUCUGCCUCCGCGAUGCCUGUUGCCUACGUGUCGGCCUCUGCAUCCCAGAUCUCGCUGGUCUCGGAGCCAGUCACGACCGGACCGUCUGGCAGCAUCGCUUCCGCUUACCUGGCGACUGCCCCUUACUCUCCUCCGAUGCACGGCCACACAGGCCAGGGUCUGUUCUCCAGCACUUACGACGACCAUCCGUACUACUCGGAAGUGGGAUACGCCCACACAGCGCCGGCCUCCGUUCAUUCUCAGUUCCCACGAUCUAUGCAAGACCAGACGAACAUGAUGUACCACAUGUCACCGCCUCCACAGCCGCCAAACGCCCUCCUCAGUACAGGACCGAUGCAGCAGCAGCCACAACAGCCGCAGCACCAACACCCUGCAUCGUUCGGACAGUACACGCAGCCGAUGCCGAUGCACGGCAACACGCACAUCCCUCGUCAGAAUGAGACCGUGCCGCCCGGAGUGCGAGUGGUUCAGAGCCGGCCGAAGCCGCAGUGCUGGGAGCACGGAUGCAAUGGACGACAGUUCUCGACUUUCAGCAACCUACUGAGACACCAGCGAGAAAAAUCGGGACAGGCGGCCAAGGCAGUGUGCCCCAACUGUGGUGCUGAGUUUACGAGAACAACUGCACGCAAUGGCCAUCUGGCACACGACAAGUGCAAGCCGCGGCGCAACUCUUGA